GUUACUGGUGAGUGUGGCUCUGCUCCCACUGCUAUGGGCCGGUGGAGUCUUGCCGUCCUUGUUGGAUCUGCUGCUCUGGACUUUGGAACAGGUGGAGCUCCACUUCUUGGGCGGUUCCCAGUUGCUGACCCUGCUGCUGUCGCUGGGCGCCAGCGGUGCCAUUGCCUGGGGAGGACGACGCCUCGAGGCGGAAAAGUCGGUGGAAUUUCUUGUCCUGGCUUCGAUCUGCCUUUUCGCUGCAGCCUGCCUCACAUGCCUCACCCCGCUGGACUCCGCUCCGGCGUCGCAGCGCUGCUGGCGAAUGCUGGGCUGCUGGCUGCAGGUCCUGGCCGCUGGUGGGCUGCUGGUCCCAUGCAUCGCUGCCUCCUUUCCCAGGGAUGUGUUGCUCCCGCUACGGUUGGCCCUGGAACAGGUGGCUCUCCUCUUGACGUUGCUGGCAGUUUAUGUCAUAGGUCAACGUCAGCUGAGCAUCUCCUGCUGCGGCAUGCGUAAUGGACACUACCUGCGACAUCGGCAGAAGAUGUGGCUGAACGAAGGCACUCGGCACGUCGUGGUGGUGGAGGUCAGCGAAGAAGUGAUGGAGGUCACGGACGCCUUGGCAGAGAGAGGCGCUGACACCGCGUGGCUUUCAUCGAAACCACUGCGGUGUCAGCGGCACGUGGCGCGGCAAGUGGAAACGAUAGAGCUACUUGCGAGGAUCCUCCUGCUGCUGCAAAUGUCUUUCUUUGGCACCGCAGAUCUUCUCCACCACCGAGGCUCCGAAUUUUGGUACUUCUUCCUGCUGGUGGCUCUGCAGCUGCGACAGCUGCGAAUCAGUUUCGCCGACGCGCCCCGCGCCGCCUUGGACGCGGCCCUGGCGGGUCUGCUGCACCUCGGUUUGCAGUACGACCAAGCAGAGGACGGCUGGCUGCCGGUGGCGGUCCUGAGGCAACGUGUCCUGGUCCUUUGGUCCUUGAUACGACGCUUGGAUGCCGGAGGCUACGUGCUGCACGUGUCGUGGAUCACCUGGGCCACUCCCAAGCUGCGCCAUCCGGUGACAGCGCUGUUGCUGUGGCUGAACGUCCUCUUCUGGCCUGGUCUCUUGCUGCUGCUGGUGCUCUGCGCGCUGCUGGAGAGCCCGGUGAUGGCCAUCUUUUCGCUGCCGCUCUUCACCUUGGCGGCGCCCAGGUGGUCUCGGGCCUCUGCAGGUGCUGCGGGGACCGAUGCUCCACUGGUGAAGGGAGCGGAGGGGCUCUUCUACGCCAUCGCCGUGCCCUCGCUGUUGCGUGGCCUGGCCUUGCAGUGGCGCGCCCAGACGCUGCGCAAGACGCCCGGGACGCUGCUCUUCUGCAGGAGUCACGAGCGUCUGGCCUGUGUGGUGCGGGUGCUGGCCACUGAAGCAGAGAAGAGAUGGGCGAGUGGUUUCGGCUGGAUGCAGCUGGAGCUGCGGGGUUUGGAGCUGCAGGAGCCCACCAGCUGUCAUCACGUGGAGGCUGGGAAGAUCGACGAAGCCUUCGCCCAUGCCUUCGAGGGUGAAAGGGCACCUGAGAGGCCGAGCUUCGUGCUCCGAGCCAUUUGCGAAGUGCCAUGUAGCACCUACGAGCAGAGCCUGAUCUCCCUGCGGGGGCUGUUGGACAACCCGCAGCUGCUGCGGCAGAUCCACGGCCUCUUCUUGAAGAGUUUGGUCUGGGUGCUCUCCUUGGAAGAGAUUCCCGAAGGUUGGUUGACUUGCCCCUUGAAGCCACAAGAUGCCAAAGAGGUUUUUCAGCUCAUCAGCGACUGCCUUUGGCCUCCGCACAUCUCUGUGGCGCUUCGUGUUGCCCACGGCAGCCCAAGCUCCACCAUGGCGCCCUCCGACACGCCGGAGCGCACGAGCUCGCUGCGGGCAGCGGCCAACGCCCCGCGGCCACCGCCUGGCACCCCACCCAUCAUCAGGCCACCGCAGAAAGCCGUGGACGCCGUGCCGCCCAGCGAUGCGACGAUGUCGACGACGAUGGCAACGACGAUGGCAACGGCAGAGAUGUCCCCGGGGGCCAGAAGUGACUCAGAGGGAGUCGAAGAUUUGGAUACUCUCAUGGAUCAGGUCCUGGGCAUGGCACCCAGCGUGAGUCGCAAACGUGCCGCGGCGCCGGCGCAUCAGGCGGCGAGGAGACUGCUGGCCACGGAAGGCGAUCCCAGUGAGGAAGCGUGGGCUGCUAAGGCCGAACGACCUCAGGUCAUGGCCCUCAACAGUUUGCCCGGGAACUCCUCGUCCACGCUGGCGAACGGCACGGGGAGCGCCUCGCUGGGGGCGAUGGAGGAUGAGAGGACCUCUGCCGGAGUUCCGGCGCAGCUGGGAAAGCCCACGACGGUGGGGAACCAGCCGUUGGAGGAACUGAGUCCUUUGGCGCGCCUUGUCAUCGAGGCCUAUGUGGCGGUGAACGUGGCACCCUUGUAUGGCCAGAAACCGGAAGCCCAUGGCACGUCGCAUGUGUUGCGACUCUUUUCUGGCGACCUGGCGCGAAGCAGCCAGGAGACUACUGAACUCAAGUGGUUGGUGGAGCGACCUGAGCUGUUCCAGUUGACCCUGCGCGCCUUUCGUUUUGCGGUCAAGAUCUCGAUCGAUGCCGCGGCGAUGGGAGAAGAGGUGGACAUGGAGUACCAAGCCUUUGCCGAACUGGCCGAUGAGUUGCGAUGCCGCUGGUUCCUGGGUGUGGAAGGCAGCCUGCAGUGGGAGGCGGCCAUGAAGCGCGGCUGGCCGAAUCUCAUGGCCUUGAGGUCCGGCAAAGGCGUUUCUGAGGUGCAGGUACUUCGUCUACGCUACUCCGAGGACGUAUGUCGUGUUGCCGAACUCCGCCCCGGAGUCUGGAGUUCUCUUUGGGCCUCGGCCGGCUUGGAGCUCCGAUACUUGGCCAAUGACGACGAUGAACGCUACUCCAUUCAGGCGCACCCCACGCUCUUUCGGAACAUGGCGGUCCAAUGCGCUGAGUAUCCCAUCUUCGUCUCCCGCAGAACGCUCUGGCUCUGA